AUGCGCACCACUUCGAUUCUGAGCGCCCUGGCGGCGGCUGGCGCAGUAGCUGCUCGUCCAUCCAUCUGGUCUCGCCAGAACGACGCCGAUGCCAACCCAUUUGAGGGCCGCCAGCUGUUCGUCAACCAAAAUUACACGGCCAAACUCGAGGAAACCCGCGAGGCCUUCCUCACGGCCGGCGACAAUGUCAAUGCCGGCAAGGUCCAGUACGUUCAAGAGUCUGUCGGAACCUUUGUUUGGAUCUCCAACAUUGCGAGCCUUGGCGACAUUGACGGCGCCAUCGAAUCUGCCCGUGGCGUCCAGCAAGAGACGGGCGAGGAACAGAUCGUGGGCCUAGUGCUUUACAACCUUCCCGACAGAGACUGCAGCGCUGGAGAGAGUGCCGGGGAGCUCAGCCUGGCCGAGAAUGGACUGGAGAGAUACAGGACAGAAUACGUCGACCAGUUCGCUGCGAGAGUUCAGGCUGCUUCUGACCUUACCUUUGCCAUUGUUCUGGAGCCCGAUGCGGUCGGCAACAUGGUGACCAACCAGGCCAUCGAGUUCUGCGCCAAUGCCGCCGAGCCGCAGAGGGACGGUAUCGCCUACGCCAUCGCCGAGCUGCAGGCUGAUAAUAUCCACCUAUACAUUGACGCCUCCCACGGCGGAUGGCUGGGGUGGGAUGACAACUUGGCGCCAAUAGCAAAGGCUGGCCCCAACGCGAAGAUCCGUGGCUACUCGACCAAUGUCUCCAACUACAACCCCUUCUCCACGAUGACUCCCGAGCCCUACACCGAGUUUAGCAACUCCUUCGACGAGAGCCACUAUGCCCUCUCCCUGGUUCCGCACCUCGAGGCCGAAGGGCUUCCCACCCGCUUUAUCAUCGACCAGGGCCGUGUGGCCGUCCAGGGCGCCCGCGCCGAGUGGGGUGAGUGGUGCAACGUCGAGGCCGGAUUCGGGCAGCCCGCGACGACGCAGACAGAGAACCCGCACGUGGAUAGUAUUGUCUGGAUCAAGCCCGGCGGUGAGAGUGACGGCGCCUGCGGCAUCGAGGGUGCGCCUAAUGCGGGCGCUUGGUUUGAUGAGUAUGCGCAGCUGCUGACGAAGAACGCGCAUGUGGCUUUGCAGCCGGCUGUGAGUGUCUAG